AUGAAUAGUGAAAAUAAUUCAAUUGAAAAUAAUUUAGUAGACAGCGAAUUAUGGAAAACAUUUCACUUCCAAAAUAAUAAGAUGAUUUUGACAAAAGCUGGAAGGAGAAUGUUUCCGGUCGUUCGACUGAGAAUUAAGUGUCUCGAUCCCAAUUCUAUGUACAAUGUAGCAUUAGUGUUUGUUUCCAUAGAUAAACACAAAUGGAGAUAUAUGAACGGAUUUUGGUUCACUUCAGGACCCGCAGAACCUCAACCAUCACAGGACGACCAGAUGACGUACAUUCAUCCAGAAUCUCCAAACUUCGGAAGUCAUUUGAUGUCUAAGGACAUUUCCUUUUCAAAAGUUAAAUUAACGGAUAAAUGCAACAAAACAAAUGGAAUAGUACUUAACUCCCUCCACAAAUACAAAACAAAAAUCGUAAUAGAGGAAGUACGACCGGGAUGUGCUAACAGAGCAGUAGCUACGAUUGAUUUUUCUAUUACUACAUUUUAUGCUGUUACUGCAUACCAAAGUGCAGUAACAGCAUAA